UGCUCGGCGCAAGUGAUUAUGCAAUGAUUAAAACCACAACAGCCCAAAGAGUCGGGUUACCAGGCCAACCAAUUGCAGAGAAAACACUCCUUGGAUGGACAAUCAUGUCUCCUGGAAGAGAGGAGGUAGACAGCCCAAUUCUAUUAACCAAAUCCGCCAACACGGACUAUGAACAGCUAUGUGCGUUGGAUGUUCUAGGUCUUGCCGACAGUAAUGAGAACGACCAGCAGACAGUCUACCAGGAAUUUAAUUAAGGAGCAACUACGCAGAAAUGACGCAGGAUGGUAUGAAGCCAAAUUACCUUGGAAAGGGAACCACCCCCCUCUACCCACCAAUGAAACUGGGAGCAAGCGACGCCUAGAUCACCUAAUAAGGAAAUUGGAGCAGACAGAUCAGUAUGAAAGGUACGACGAGAUUAUACGAGAACAGCUACAACUCGGGAUUAUCGAAGCAGCGCCAGAAAAGGCUACGGGGAAAGAGUUCUACAUUCCACAUAAAGGCGUGACCAGGAACGAUGUAGAAAGUACCAAGUUACGCAUAGUGUAUGACGCGUCAGCGAGAGAAAGCAACAGCCAUCCCUCUUUAAACGACUGCCUUCAUCCAGGGCCCCCGCUACAAAACCACCUAUGGGACGUUUUAGUAAAAUCACGCACCUACCCAAUCCUCGUUACCGCCGACUUGAAGAAAGCCUUCCUGCAAAUCCGAAUUAUGGAGGAAGAACGGGACUCGUUACGAUUCCACUGGAAGCAUCCAAACACUAGUGGAAUUGAAGUGUACCGUUUCACCCGAGCGUUAUUCGGUCGCACAUGCUCGCCAUUUCUCCUCGGGGGAGUGAUAAACCAACACCUUGACAAUUGGGAAGAGCGAUACCCAGAGAUCGUUAAGGAACUGCGUGAAGCAAUAUAUGUCGACGAUCUAAUGAGCGGUGGAACAACUGUUGAAGAAACCGAGCAAAAGAAAGCAGCUGUUGUUGAAGUGUUCGAAGAUGCAACGUUUAGCAUCCAUAAAUGGCAUUCUAACGCGCCAGAACUCGAACCGACUAACGAAGUACAAACAGAACCCGAAGAGAUUACCUAUGCCAAAAGCAAGCUCGGAGGAGUUGAUCAACCAGAAGGGAAACUGCUCGGUCUUCCAUGGAACAGACAACAAGAUACGUUAAGUGUCACCCUGACAAAACAAUUCGGAACAACAACCAAAAGAGGAAUCCUUUCAAAACUAGCCAAGAUAUAUGAUCCGUUAGGACUUGUGUCUCCUACUACGUUAGUAGGUAAACUAAUUUAUCGUGAUGUUUGUGACGCAAAACUACCAUGGGAUGCCAGCCUGCCAUUACCGUUAAUUAAACGAUGGAAAGAAUGGAAUGAUUCCCUUGAAACAUUUACGGUCCCUCGAUCACUUGCACCACAUCGACAAUCGGUAUCAGAAGUUACUCUACAUGGCUUUGGGGACGCAACCUCCCGUGGAGUAUGCGCAGUAGUUUACGCGGUUGUCAAUCAAGGAGAAGAAAUCACCCAAGAACUGGUUUGUGCCAAGUCAAGAAUUGCGAAGCGUAACUUAACAAUUCCUCGACUAGAAUUAAUAUCCGGGCAUAUGGCAGCAAACCUCGUGACCAAUGCCCAAGCAGCAUUCAGUAUCCAGCGCGUGACCCUUCGUUGUUGGCUCGACUCCACGGUCGCCCUUUAUUGGAUCAAUGACCAAGGCGAGUAUCACCAGUUCGUGGCCAACCGUGUCAACAAGAUCCAGCAACACAACCAGAUAACUUGGCAUCAUGUUCCAACCACAGAUAAUCCAGCAGACAUAGGAAGUCGGGGAGGGAAUGUCGUGAACAACGAGCUGUGGAGGAAAGGUCCAACGUGGUUGAGCAACCCAUCUGAGUGGCCACCAGACAAGCGACUAGAAGCAACUGCAGAAACUAAAGCCGAAGCCAAAGUAAUCAAAGAGAUCCUUGCUGUUGCAACUAUUGAGCCGGACAUCUUUGACGAACUGCUUGACAAAUACCAGUUAUCUAAAGUACUAAGAAUCGGGGCGUGGAUUAAUCGGUUCAUCUCAAAUUGCAAGAAAGACGGCCGUGAAAGGGAAGUUGGUCCAAUCAAGACGAGCGAGAUCAAACAACAACAACUGUGGUGGAUACUACGGGUCCAAAGAGAAGCGGAAGGAGACCUUCAUUUCCGAACUGACCAAAUACAGCUCAACCUUCAGCCCAAUGAGGACCAAGUACUGGAAUGUCGGGGAAGAAUCAUAGGUGAAUAUCCCAUAUACCUGCCUGAUUCACAUCCAUUCACAGCUAAAGUGGUAUUUCAAGCUCACAUGGCUACAAUCCAUGGAGGGAUCGGGAUCACGAUGACAAAGGUACGAGAACGGUACUGGGUACCACGACUUCGCCGGUUGAUAAAGAAGAUUAUGAGAGCAUGUCAUGGAUGUAAGCGGUUUCAUGCGAAAGCCUACCAAGACCCACCACCUGGAAGCCUGCCAACCACGAGAACCCAAGGAACUACACCAUUUCAAGUACUCGGUGUUGACUUCGCAGGGCCAAUACGGUAUUCACUGAAGUCCAAGAAGGAAGCAAAGGCUUACCUCGCCCUAUAUGCAUGCAGUCUUACAAGAGCUGUACAUUUACACCUAGUGAAGUCAUUAACUGCUCCAGAAUUCAUUAUCAGUCUAAAGAGAUUUAUCGCACGCAGAGGAAGACCCGAACUGAUUUACUCAGAUAACGCGGCUACAUUCCAAGCUGCUGCCAAGUGGGUGAAAGAAGUAAGAGAAGACGAAAAGCUUAAUGAUCUACUAGCCAACCUCUCCAUCGAGUGGCGAUUUAACCUAAGCCGUGCCCCUUGGUUGGGAGGGCAAUUCGAGCGUCUGAUUGGGGUGUUCAAAAGUGCUUUUCGUAAGUCAGUCGGCAAUGGUAAUUUGAAUUGGAUGGAGCUUGAAGAAGUGGUCCUAGACAUCGAAAACACCAUCAAUAAUCGGCCACUAAGUUAUGUAGAAGACGAUGUCGAGUUACCUGUUAUGACCCCUAAUUCCAUCCUGCACAUCAACUCAACCUAUAUACCGGAAUUAGAUAGUCACCGCAUUCCAGAGAAGGACCUCAGGAAACGAGCGAAGUACUUACGUAAAUGCAAGCAAGCUAUGUGGAACAGAUGGACUCGAGAAUACAUUCGUAGCCUUCGGGAACAACAUCGCCUGACGGAGAAGAAAGAUACAUCCUAUCCUAACGUUGGAGAUAUUGUGAUUAUCAAAGAAGAUCAGAAACCCAGAAACGUGUGGAAACUAGCGAUGGUAAAGCAAUUAAUCACGGGGAGAGACAGCGUUGUGAGAGCUGUGCGGUUGAAAACUGGAAAUGGUCAUUUAGAGCGGGCAAUCCAACAUUUGUUUCCGCUGGAGUUAAGUUGUGAUGCGGAAGAACCAAGUCAGCUAAACCCAGAAGCUCCGGAGUACAACCCUCGACCACGAAGACAAGCCGCAGCCGUAGCUUCACAACGAAUUCAAGAAAUCGUAAGACAAGAAAACGAGGAACAUUGACAUGGAAAAUAAACGUUUACGUGUAAUUAACAUUCAUAUUUAACCAAAUUCUAAGAACAUUAAUGUAGACAUUGUUUGUUGAGCACAAAGGACUCGCCUAAUUAAGUUCACUCAGUCCAAGAAGUUGCAUGUAUAUGUCAAUUGAGAAUAUACAUGGGGGAGUGUGUCGGGAACUGAGUAUAGCGGAAGUUCCAAACCGGAUGUAGAGAGGGCGUUGUGCAUGUAUUGUGGAGGGAUUGUGAGAGUGUGAGAAAACCAGAGAUGUGACAAAAUAUAUUAUUGAUAUUUACUUAAAAUUCAACCAUUUGUGAUUUGUUGUGAACACGUUCUAAGGGAGGCAUAGAAAUUCACAACAGCUGUUCUCAAAAAUAAAAUGUCCAUAAUAUAUGUCAUAUUCUUGUUGUUAGAAAGUGUAGGUAAAUUAUAUAAUAAAACAAUAUUUUACUGGUGACCUUGUUUUACUGUUUAAUUAACAGGACAUGU